UUUUACUCCAUACCUUCAUACCUUUCUGCUGUUUGUUUAUUUCUUUUUUUAUGUUAUUUACCCCUGAUCCUGAUAGUCGAGUGAGUUUCCCAUGUGACAUGAAUCUUACGUGAUAUGACACUACCCACCCACCUACAUGCUAGUAACAAUACCCAACCGUAAGGCUACCACUAUGUACCUAGUAGGUAUGCAGUGGACCCAAACAAAUAACCAUCCCAAUAUGCAUAUUGCAUACUUAUUGGCAACCGCAGUGGGCCUUGGAUUUCCCUAUAAGGCGGAUGAUGACGACGAUCCAUCCCAAACAAGGCAUUCGGUCCUACUGGCACUACUGCCGGCGACUCCGUGCUCAUGCAGAUGGGAGGGUAGGUAUUUUGUCGAUCUCUAUUUUUCUUUUUUCUUUUUUCUUAUUUUUUUGGUGGGAGUACUCUGUACAUACAUAGUAAGGGGAUUAUCACAUAUCAUAUUUUUUGUUGAGUGGGAAUGGGAAUAUAAAUAGAAGUAUUCCAUAGUAGGCAACUAUUGCUAUACC